AAAAUCCUUCACAAACCCUCCAACGAGCAUUGUUUGAUUUUGAAAAAUGCCGAGCAGCACGAAGAAGCCGAAUAUGCCUGCCAUGCUGUUAAUCCUGCUGGUGAAGCUUGGUGUUAUGCAGAUUUGCAUGUCCGAGCAGGUGUUUCAGCAAACGCCGAUGGUAAAGACAAGCAUGAGACCGAGAGCUUAGAGCCAGCGAAGGAAGUUGAAAGCAAACAUGAUCAAGCAGAGAGCGUAAGAUCUAAGCGUGGUAUGAAGGUGAAAAAUAUAGGCAAGAUAUUCAAGAAACCGUUCGAGAAGAAGGAGGGAGGUUCUGCUGCUGAUGAUGUAGGCACCAUACUAAAGAAACCGUACGAGAAGAAAGAAGAAGGUCCUGGACCCAAAGAUGUAGGCAAGAUACUCAAGAAACCAUCCGAGAAGAAAGAACAAGGUCCCACAGCCGAAGAUGUAAACAAAAAAUCAAAAGAGGACACAACCAAAAAAUUGUCGCAGAAGUUACCACCUCGGAGCACGAAAAAAGCGGCAGAGGAAGGUGAUUUGCCCAAGGAAGCCCAACCACAUGCAGAGAUUCCGAAACAAACGAAAAAGAUUCCCGCAACAGACUACGAGUUUCCUGCACUUGCGAAAAUUUUACCAGAUAUAAGGGGAAGUAGCAUAAGUCUGAACGAAAGCGAAAUGUCUAUCAAUGCCGCCAACCGAACUGCAGCUGCUGCAGCUGCGAAGAUCGAAAGGAAGAAGAAGAAGCGACCAAAGUCACUCGUGAUUCCACUUGAGAUCAAUUCUCUAUUUGGAGAUCGUAGUGUCAUACGUUCAGAAACGAAUCUCACAACUAGCAUGACAGCUAUCGAAGCACAUGCGGAAGCAGCAUCACCAUUAAGAGAACCGCGGUCCACCAGCAUCUCCGCACGGCUCCCAAGUCCAAGCCGUAAUCGCAGAUCAAGGACUGUAUCGCCUCGUGAGGUCUCAGCGGAGUUCAAGUUUGAAAGACCCUCACAGUCGUAUGAAGAAGAAACCAGCAUUUGUAUUCGCGAAGGAGCGAUACAAAAGGCUGACGACGAAAUGAAUGUUGAGAGUAUGCGGAAAAAAUCGAGCGGAAAAGAAAAGGCUGGUGUUGACUUUGACAUCGACGAAGAUGAAGAAUUAAGGCAAAUGCUCAUUUCACCUGAAGCAGAUAUGGGUAUUGCAGCGAAGAAUUUAACGUCCUCUACAGAGAAAGACCACAAAGAAGUUGAGUCAGAAAUUUAUAAAACUGCACAACAAAAGAAAGCCAAAACAAAGAAGACGACAACGUCGUCAUCAGAUUCAGUUGCAGUAGAGAAGCCUGCAGAUCUGCACUCAAGUAAAGAUACCGAUCAAGAUUUCAGGAAAGAAAUGUCUUCUGGAUUGACUGAAGCUAGACCUCCUCCUGAAGCUGUGCAGGAUGAUAAAGCCUUACAUGGCAAGGGCUCUAAAGCGAGAGUGGAGACAAAAAAGAAGAGUGCAGAACCUGAACCCGACGCAAGUAAUGACAAGGCCAAACGGGAUGAAAGCAAUCACAGGGCCAAACAGCCGUCAACCUCUGAAGAUACGAGGAAAGAAAAACCUGAAGCGAAAGACAAGAAACAGACAGAAGGAAAGGCAAAGGAAGAUGAAGGCAAGAACUUGAGGAAACAAGAGCAAAGAGUUGUGCACGAUUCCCAGCCCUCAACGAGUACCAAGGAAGCUGCUGGAGAACAACAAGAGAUGAAUGUUGAUAAAGAUGCGGAGGCAAAGUCGGAGACUAAACAUCUCAAAAAAGCGGGUAUAAAAGGGAAGGAAUCCCAGGAAGUGGAAAAUGCAAGCGUUUUGAAGACGACAGAUUUGGACAUUAGAGACAAUCUCAAAAAGCAAAAGCGAUCGGGAGAAGACGUAGACGGUGAAGAAGCAGCGACAAGCAAGAAAGAAGAUGCCAGCUCGACUUUGGAGCAUCAUGUUUCUGAAGCUGAAUCCAUCCUUGCAGCCGGUACACUUGCACACCGCGGAGCCAAAGAGCAGGAAGUAAAGGGCGAUAAAAAGGCUGCGAAAAAUUCAUCUAAGCAAAAAGACAAAACAUCGAAGGAAGGCGACGUCAUGCUGGAAGAGAAAGAUCAAGCACAACAUGCAGUGGAAUCAAAAUCAACAAAACAAGAAGUGGAGAAGAAGUCAGAAGAGCCAGAGAAAGACAGCUCAACAUCGAAAGCCGAUGAAGCUCACUCUGACAGCAAAAUGAUAAGCGAA